AUGACGUCACGUUUAAUGCGCCGGGCGGGUAGCAGUCAGUCUCGCACAUGCGCAGUGCGGCCAUUCCGAGUCCUAUCAGUCAGGGGAGUAGUGGAUACAGUGCUGAGCCUCCAGGGAGCGGCUGCCGCCAGGACUGGUGAGUGAGGUACUCGGUAUCACUAUGGGGAGGGUAUGGUAUUUACAGAGUAACCUGCUCAUUACAGCCUCCAGCUAACCUGAGAGGGGACUGUCUCCACCACUACCACCAUCACUACCACCAUCAUCAUCAUCACUACCACCACCACCAUCAUCACUACCAUCAUCGCUACCACCACCAUCAUCAUCAUCACCACUACCACCAUCAUCAUCAUCACUACCACCAUCACUACCACCAUCAUCAUCAUCACUACCACCACCACCAUCAUCACUACCAUCAUCGCUACCACCACCAUCAUCAUCACCACUACCACCAUCAUCAUCAUCACUACCACCAUCACUACCACCAUCAUCAUCAUCACUACCACCACCACCAUCAUCACUACCAUCAUCGCCACCACCACCAUCAUCAUCACUACCACCAUCACUACCACCAUCAUCAUCAUCAGCCACCAUCACCUACCACACCAUCAUCACUACCACCACCACCCAUCAUCACACCAUCAUCACUAACACCACCAUCAUCACUACACCACCACCACCAUCAUCACUACCAUCAUCGCUACCACCACCAUCAUCAUCAUCACUACCACCAUCACUACCACCAUCAUCAUCAUCACUACCACUACCACCAUCAUCAUCACUACCACCACCACCAUCAUCACUACCAUCAUCACUACCACCACCAUCAUCACUACCACCAUCAUCACUACCAUCAUCACUACCACCACCACCAUCAUCACUACCACCAUCACUACCAUCACCAUCAUCAUCACUACCACCAUCAUCAUCAAUACUAACACCACCAUUACUACCAUCAUCAUCACUACCACCAUCAUCACUCACGCCACCACCAUUACCACCAUCAUCACUACCACCAUCAUCAUCAUCACUACCACCACCAUUACCACCAUCAUCACUACCACCAUCAUCAUCAUCACUACCACCAUCACUACCACCACCACCACUACCUCCACCAUUACCAUCAUCACUACCACCACCACUACCACCAUCAUCACUACCACCAUCACUACCACCAUCACCACUACCACCAUCACUACCACCAUCACCAUCAUCAUCACUACCACCACCAUCAUCACCACUACCACCAUCAUCACUACCACCACCAUCAUCAUCACUACCACCAUCAUCAUCACUACCACCACCAUUACCACCAUCAUCACUACCACCAUCAUCAUCAUCACUACCACCAUCAUCACUACCACCACUACCUCCACCAUCAUCAUCAUCACUACCACCACCAUCAUCACCACUACCACCAUCAUCACUACCACCAUCAUCACUACCACCACCUCCACUACCUCCACCGUCACUCACCACCACCAUCCCUACCCACUACCAUCAUCAAUCACUACCACCAUCAUCAUCACUACCACUCACCAUCAUCCUACCACCCACUACCUCCAUCAUCACUACCACCACCACUACCACCAUCAUCACUACCACCACCAUCAUCAUCACUACCACCAUCAUCAUCAUCACCUCCACCAUCACCACCUCCACCAUCAUCAUCAUCACUACCACCAUCACCACCUCCACCAUCAUCAUCAUCAUCAUCACUACCACCAUCACCACUACCACCAUCAUGAUCAUGACUACCACCACCACUACCACCUCCACCAUCACUACCACCAUCACUACCGCCACCAUCACCACCAUCUCCACCAUCACCACCACUACCACUACCAUCAUCACCACUACCACCAUCACCACUCCCAUCAUCUCCACCACUACCACCAUCAUAACUACCUCCACCAUCACUACCUCCACCAUCACUACCUCCACCAUCACCUCCAACACUACCACCUCCAACACCAUCACCACUAUCUUCCUUCACCAUCACCACUACCUCCACCGUCACCUCCUCCACCAUCAUCACCUUCACCUCCAUCACCACCACCAUCAUUACUACCAUCACCACCACUACAUCACCUCCACCAUCACCACCUCCAUCAUCACCUCGACCAUCACCACCACAGGAGGAUUUCACUGCUAUAAAACCUGUAUGAAAGUCUCCCAUUGGCUGAAAUCCCCUCGCUGUCAGUCGCUGUAUUGAGACCAAGAAGGGACGAGUUAUGUGUAUUCCCAAUACUUCACAUAAGGCAGAGCGACCGCUGUCCGGUUUGGCCGUGUCUCAGGAGGAAGGCAUUGUCUGUGGUGGCUCCUGCGGGAUCCUCCAUCGCCCUCAGUUGGUGUGCAGUUACAUCACUUACGUGGGCUCCUGGCAGGUGACGCAUCUGAAGUUGGAAAGGACCCACCAGAUAAAGAUGGCAGAGGCCAAGAGGGACAGCUUUGGGUAAAGCUCACUUUCCCCUGCGCCCACUGGCUACCGGACUGCAAGCGGAGCAGUCGCCAUCCAGGAUAAAAAAUAUGCUAACCUGAGAGGGGAACUAACCAGGAUUAUUCAUUUUAUCAGAAUCCCAGAUAUUCAGCAUUAUGUGAAAAAUAACAGAAAUCCACGUCUGUCAUUGAACAUGGCGUGUCCGUCUUGGUUCUCUAUCACUGUUAUAAAUAUUUCCUGUGUCCGUCAUUGUCGUUUGUGAUAGAACCAAAAAAAGGAAAUAGCGUCUCUGUUCUCCACGUUUACAUUGUGUGCACCGGCUCUGCCUGGAGUGAACCGCGUUGGGAUAUCACUUUCUAAAUCAUUAAUAUACAUUUAAAGGACAAUAGAACAUCAAAUUUAAAAAAAAAAGGUUAACGUAAGUUAUAGAUGGCUUUUAUUAUGUGGUUUAGGGGAUACUUUGUCAUAUGUAUAUUCCCUAUGCAUGCGCAAGAGUGCCACCCUGACAUGGGCCCCUGGCAGAGGAAGUGCCAGGACCUGCAGAACACCUGCUGCAUGAAGCUGGCGGUGGGCAUGAUACAGAGCUUCAGGGAAGUGAAAGUCACCUUCCCCAGCUCUCACGGCCCACCCCACUGCAAGACAAAUAGUCACCAUCAGGACAAAAAUAUGCAAAGAUCAGAGAUGGUGACAUAGCCGCCUUAAAGGGAAUCUGAAAGUUACAAUGCAUUUAUAAUACAGGCAAUUAAGUCAAUUGAAAAAUGCAUGUAGUAUUUUUGCGAUAACCCUUUGCUAACCGCUAAAUCUUUGGUUAUAUUAGAACGGUUUGAUGAUCUGCACCAAGUUUAAAUUUAAUUGUCUCUCUCAUUUUAUUUCAGGUGUAAUGUGUAAAUUAAAAUGCAUUAUGUAUCUGUCAUUUAAGAGUCACAGAAUCUUCUAAUUCGUGUGCACAACCCCAGAGCCUGUUCUCAGGCUGCCUGAUUGGCUUAAUGAUGACAAACACAAACCGGAAUCAGAUGACGGAGAGGAUCCUGGAUCUCACCCUGGAGGUCAACUACCUGCUGACUGGAGAGGUGAGGGAUUCUGAGAAUGUCACAGUGACCACAUAAUGACACGUGAACAAUUUAUAUGUGAGGUACACACAUAAUGAAUAUGAAUAUAAAGGGAUUAAGAAGUAGUAUCGUGGUGGCUGUCUUAGUGUUCUGUUACCCAUUAAGGAGGGAGGACUAUAGGGGGAAAUACACCACAACGGUUUACGAUCAGACCAAUACUCAAACAAAUUAAACAUUUGAAUACUGAAGCUAAAGCACAAAUCUCAAGGAAGGUCCACUUCACCUGUCACUGCUAGAUUGUCCUAUAAUAAAUGGAGUAGUAGAGGUCACAUCGCAGGUAUGUGGUAUAGAUGUUCUUGAUGUGAUCCCAUAGAGCAAGGAGAAGAUUUGAAAGCACAGCAGGACACCGCAAUGUACAGUAGUGAUUUCGGAAGCUGAGUUACAGCAUCUAAGUGGAAGUUUUUAGCCUGUUUCUGGGAUAGUAUAACAGCGGGCAGCGAAUUUAGUGAGGAACUUCCCCGUUGUGCAUAUUUUCAGCUGUAUCUCUACAUUUAAAAGGAUACUCUAAGCAUCUAACAGUCUUUAGCUCGCUAACGUGUUUUCUGGGUGACGAGGGUGUCCUGGUUUGUUUUCCAUUUUACAAAAAGUGCAGACAUGAAUAGAAACUGUCACUUUGAUAAAUGAACCUUGUUACACCUCUUCCCAACAAUCAGACAACUGGUCCUGUUACUUCCUGGUUUGUUUAGCUCUCUGGAACUAAACUCAAGAGACCAAUUUCUCAGAGCACCUGCCUUGCAAAGACUUCUUAUUGAGCUGCAUUGGGAGGUCUGUGAUAGGACAGACACAGAAAGUCGCGGGUGGGGGGGUUAGAAAGGGAGGGCUUGCAAUAAAUUGAUAUAUAUCUCCAUAAUCCAGGUAGCAAGGUUGCAUAUUUCCAUUCUGGCUAUGCCUAGGGCUGUGUUCUAGAAUGCCCGGAUGAUCUGUAUCAUUUCAAAAAUGUCACAUAUAAAGUGUAAGAUUAGAGAACUUCAAUUAUUUAUCUAUAUCGCCAACAUAAGAUGUACUAGCCUCCACUGGCGAGAAUUUAAUUUAAAGCAUUGGGGUCGUUCUCCCCCAGAAGAACAGGAGCUAGCUUCCGGCAGGGCUGCCAUUUGGUGCUAUAUCUUGGCAUCCAUUCCCGAAUGUUGUUUUUCUUAAGUGAUUCUCAGGGGAUGUUUUUUGUCCAAAUUUAUCAUUGGUAUUAGUAAGAAAAGGGCAGAUUAUGUCUGAGUUUAUACAUUGUCUGCUUUCUGUGACCCUCUCGACCUGUCCGCUCUAUCCUGUUUGGUGAGAUUAAAUCUGCCUGAAGGACAAACGUCUUAUCCCCUAAACAUUUCCUGCAUUGGAGUUUAUGGAGUAAGGGAAACUUCGUAGUUCAUUAUAAGAGCCUCCUGAUUGGUGGAGCCGCUAUAUGGUCUCAGGCAGGUCUGCUCACUGUGCACAUAUAAUUUUAUAUAUCUAUAUAUCUCAUAAUUAUAUAAUCAUCAUCUAAAAGGAGGAUAUUAUUGGUCGACAGUCUCAUUGUUAGAUUUUCGUUGUUGUGAUUAACCUUCUCUGGUGCCGGUCCAGUUACUCCAGUUGGUGAGCACUUUAAACAUUUAUACAUACUGGCUUUUUUAAAGUAGUCUGUUUAAGUCUGAACUUUACAGUUAAAUCCUGUUAAAGAAAUAUAUCUAUAGAAGGUGUUCCUCUCCAUAAAUUCAUAUUUAUUAAACUCUCCCUCGUUAUAUAGGAUUGUAUCGUUAUGAAGAGACCGGGUGAGUCUGUGCAACAGAGCCAUAGUCCUGGUUUGUCAGAUGGUUCUGACAGGGCCCAGAGUCCCAGCACGGUGUCUCCACCUCACUCACUGAUCCAUGAUGGAAACAAUGAGCAGAAGGUCCUGAAACUGACAAAUCAGAUCAUCCACCUGCUGACUGGAGAGGUGAGGCUGCUGGGAAUGGGACAUCAUAGAGUAAAACCAAGGGAUGUGUCUGGAUGUAUCACCCUAAGAGCUAUGUUCAUGUCACACUGUAAUUUUCUUGUAGGUGUGGGAGUAUUUAGAGAGACACAAGGAGCUUUAUAAUGAUGUCGUGACGGACACUCGCCGGCCUGUGUGCCCAUUGGGUAAGAGAAGGUUUCAGCAAUGUGUUUAUGUAUAG